AUGCUACCAGUGGAUAACAGACUUCUGAACUUACAGAUCUACAAACUUCUUCAAUGUGUUCACCAGAAAGACAAGAAGCAAAUAGAAAAGCUGGUCCAGAAUGGAUUCCCCAAUCUCAUUAAUUUCACAGAACCUAUAGAAGGCUGUAGUGCCCUUCUUUUGGCCUGCAUUAAAAAUGACACUGACAUGUGCAGCUUCUUGCUGGCACAGGGAGCUCAUCCAGAUGUCCAGGACAAACUGGGACGUACUCCAGCAAUGAAGGCAGCUGAGCUAGGCCAUGAGCUGGUGUUGGAUUUAUUAGCAAAAGCUAAAGCAGACAUGACUGUUGUGGAUAAUGAAGGGAAAGGAGUUUUGUUUUACUGCCUCUUGCCUACAAGGCGGCACUACCACUGCACACAGAUAGCCCUGGAUCACGGGGCAGAGGUUAACAGCUGCACUGCUGAGGGGAAGCCUGUGUUUCUACAAGCCUGUGAGCAAGCUGGUGGUAUUCAAGAAAUAUGUCUGAAUUUCUUGGAAAGAGGAGCAAAUCCCAAUGCAGUAAAUCCAGCCACGGGCCGCACAGCCUUGAUGGAAGCUGCAAGAGAAGGGGCUCUCGACCUGGUGCGUGCUCUGCUCGAGAGAGGGGUCGAUGUGAACCUCUUUGACCUGGAAAGACACAGUGCUGCACAUUUUGCAGCCAAAGGAGGCUUUCUGGAGAUUCUGAGGAUUAUUUCAGCUUAUAAUGGAGACUUGGGCCUAAUUGCUAUGAAUGGUAAUACACCACUUCAUUAUGCUGCAGAGGGAGGAUCUGCAAGAUGCUGCAAGUUUAUAGGACAACGAGGCUGUGACCCUACCUGGACCAACUUGCUAAACAAGACCCCAAGAGCUGUUGCCAAGGAAGGUGGUUUUAAAGCGGCAGCAGCAGAAUUGCGUAAAGUUGAAAACACCUUUAAAAAGCUGUCCAAGCCUGGGGCCAAGGAGGACAACCCCCUCUGGGCACUGAGGCUCUAUGACUGGUCCUUGGAGCACCAGGUUGCCCUCUGCCAGGCGUUUGAGGCCGUCGACCAAGGAGAUGGGACGGUAGCCCAAGAUGAUUUUGUAUCAAUUAUUCAUGAGCACUGUGCCUUUGUGGACGUUGAACAAAUUCAAACAAUUGCUGCCAUGCAUGAGGAAUCCCCCCCUGAGGGAAUCAACAUCAAAACGUUUUUUAAAGGCUCUAAAUACCUGCAGAAAAGCUGUCUUAUAACAUCCUUUGAACCCAGAGGGAAGAAAAAGAAAGGGAAGAAACAAAAAGGCAAAAAAGGCCUUGCCGUCCCCGUGCCAAUCUGUGUUAUUCCAGAGAGCUCGUGCCCACGUAGGGAAGAUGGUUUCCCUGUCUACAUGAUUGAGGCCAUUCAGAAGGCUGCUGAUAGCUACUGUCUGAGCAGAGCCCACCCAUCUGCCCACCCUGUGCACGAUGACCGUGCCUGGUAUAUAGAGGAGCCAAGGAAAGUGUACAUGAACAUUAACUACCUUGUCAGAGAAGGAGACAUCCUGUCUCUGCAGAAAGCUUUUGAGGAGGGUGUGCCAGUAGACGUAGAAGAUAAAUAUUACAAAACACCUUUGAUGGCUGCGUGUGCAAGUGGGAACAUAGAUGUUGUGCAGUAUCUUCUGGAGAAGGGGGCUGAUGUGAACAGAACAGACAAUUUCCUGUGGACUCCCCUCCACCACGCCUGCUAUAACGGCCACCUGGAUGUUGCUGAGCUGAUGGUGAAGGCUGGAGCAGCAGUGGAUGCCCCUGCCAUGGGCAAUGCAACCCCACUGAUGAGAGCUGUUGAGAUCUGCAGGCCAGAUAUAGUCUAUUUUUUAAUCAGCGUGGGUGCUGACAUCCAGAUGACAAACAGGAGUGGGCAGAAUGCUCUUGAUAUUGCUGAAGUCUUUGCAGAUUCUAGAGUAAUUGAUCUUCUCCGGAGUGAACUGGAAAAUUUGCCAGAAGUACCAGAAGAAAAAGAAGCAGAAAAAGUUGAGAAGUCAAAGUCACCUUCUAUGCUGAUGCCUGUAGAGGUACAAGCUGUGAAACAAAGGCCUUUGCAGGCCUCUCUGCCACUUGUAGAAACACCCAUUCUCAGGAAGACAACACGUCCUCUCAAGGACAGUGUUAUUUACCUGCACUCUUUGAUCACCAGCGGGGCUACCAAGAAAGAAAACAUCACAUUCAAACCCAGAAAAAUUUGGGCCCCUGAAGCUGCAACGGAGGAGUUAGUAAGAAAGCAAGAACUGCUCCGUGAACGCUUUGCUCUUGGUGGCCACUCAGAAAACUUCACAACCCCCUUUAACAGAGAAGUUACAGAAUAA